ACAACGGUGACAUGUAGGUAGGCUAUAACAUCAACCGUUUCUCGGACAAAAUAGCUGCUAAAAUUAAGUGUACUUAAAGAUUUGCAAUACACACGUUCGGUGCUGAGAUUAAUGUAUUGGGAUAGACAUGUUUCCGCUAAUGCCUGCCAUACACCGCUUCGCUCAAUGGUCAUCAUGGCCAUUUAUAGAAAUGUAAAGCUUCAAGCAAAGUCAGCCUUGUCUUACGAUUAAACUAGAAUAAGAAAUAAACAUCCGAGGCUCUUCUUCCGUAUUUGCGUCGCUGUCGAUACCGGCAUAUUCAUACUCAUCAUCACUGCUCAUUUACAUAUUCAGUCUACUUUCGCUUCCUCAUCGGGAGUUGAUCAACUUGAUCACUUUUUCUGUCACAAACAUGACCAACAGCGUCGAAGAUCCGUCGUAUGUCUCGCGAAAAGACGUGUUCGCUCAGUAUUUACAGUACUACGAGAAAGUUUGCGGCGAAGGCGGUGUGAAAGCGUGUCCAAAGACGCAGGUGACACAUGAGGACAGGCUCGCGCUGCUGUUCUCGGACGCGGAGCCGCGGAAGAGCCUCCACACUGGGGACUUCUAUGAGCGCCUGUUCACGUGCGCGCGGCAGCGGGACGGCCAGAGGAGAGUACACGACUUUAGGAGAGCCCUCGAGCUGCUCGAGAUCUUCUGCGUCAACCUCUUUCUGUUCCCCUGGAAGAAAGAGAUCAAGACACUGAAGACAUUUACAGGACACUUUGUCUAUUACAUCAAGCCAGUAUUGCCUUUUGCCAGGAGUAUUCUUCACCUUAUUGGAUACACAGAAACAGACACAGAGUAUAGACUUUCUGACAGUUUUGACCUAGACAAGGUUAGGACUAUGGGUUUUGACCUUUUUCUUGCGAGGUUGGAGUGUGAUUAUCUUCUGGAGCUUAUGAACCAGAAAUCACAUGUAGACUGUCUGGAGAUCAUACAUAAGAGAGCUACUCAAGACAAUGGGGAAGCUCUUGCAGGGGAAGAACCAGAAGGUGCAGAACCUGAAGCUGCAGAACCUGAAGGUGACCUAGUGGAAAACCCGGAGGAACUGCAGCAACAAGAGUCACUUAAAAGCCAUGAUCAAGAAGUAGACAAGUCUCAAGAAGAUGCCGUUUCUGAUGAAGAAAGACCACCCAAAUCAUUUGAGACUGAUGAUAAGUCUAUCUUGGAGAUGUGGAACGCUUACCCAGACCUGACCUUCAGACAAAAUCCCAUUUUCCGAAAGUCCCAAAGAUCUAUGCAACCGCUCAAGGCCCAGGAGUGGACUGGAUCCAGGGGCCACAAUGCAGGCCUGUUCCACAAGACCAGUACUGAUAUGAGUGGCCCCCAGUCUAUAGCCAUACAUACUGAGAUCAGCCCAGGUCAUCUAAAGCCACACAAUCCAAUCUCAAUUGUAGAAACCCAGCCCUUAGAUGCCAAACCUAUAGUCCUUAAAGUCGGAACACUGCUACAAGAACGCAUAGGGGAAGUCUCAACAGAAGACGGCCUGUCUGAGCUAACUGAGCAGAUGGGGAAAAUGCAGAUGAAGGAACUUAGUGUAGAUGAACCCCUUAAAUACCCCACAGAGGAGACAGCACAGGCCCAACCAUACAGUGGGCACAAUGACAUCACAACCCCACCUACAAAAUCCCCUGAUUGCAUGAGCCUGCCCAUCUUGUGCAACCCAUCCCAAGAGCCUGUGUGCAACAUCUCAGGUUGUGGAAGCUGCUCGGGAUCUGAUGGCACUCUUGCACAAGAGGACACCAUUAGAGAGCCUCCUCAGUCCAUCUAUAUCCCUUGUGUGCCAAAAGGAUGUGCACCAGUGUUCGGAUCACCAACUGACCAUAGUCAAACUGCCAGUGAGGGCUCUAGUGCACAGAGGAGUCCAACAUCUCAGCCUGCAGAAGAUGACCUCGACCAAACAUACGUCAUGGUUUAGACACUCAAAGUAUUCCACGUUUCUCAUCCAUUCCAAAGAUUUUAAAACAAGGGUGUCAAACUCAGCUCCCGGAUGCCUUAAAUCUUACAUUUUUAGUUCAAUCAAACCUGUGUGCAUCAUGCACACUUGUACUUUUCAAGAAAGUCUAAAGGAUGCAAUUAUCUCAGUUAGGUGUGCUUUAGGUUUAGGUCCAUGCUUAAUUCCAGAGAGAAUUCCUUGUGAUCCACACUUUUGCUGUAAUGCACAUUGACUGUCACAUAAAGUCAUCUGGCAAAAGUGCACAUCAAGGGUACAAUCCUUGAACACUUCCUUACCCUAAAGUGACAAAUGGGACCUCAAAUGUUCUUGUGGUCUCACGCUGCGCUCCAGACAAAGUCGGGUGGAAAUUUCAGCAGAAAAAAUGCCCCACGUCCAUGUCCAAAUAACUUCCAGUCAAUUUCGCAUCACAUAUGCAUUUUCACCACAAAAUGUGAAUAUUUCAUAACAUUUCAUGUUGUUCCAAUUAUGGAUAAAACAAGAGGAAGAGAAAAUGCUAGCUGUACUUUGAAUACAGCUGACAAAAAAAGAACAUUAUUUAUUGCACUAUAAAACUAAUAUAAUUUAUGAAAUAGGCUUUAUUAGUUGGGUUUCUGCUCAUUUUGUGCUAUAAAUAUAGUUGAAAUUGUUAUUAUUUUAGUAAUAAUUAUUAUUUUGCUUAAUAAAAUCAGUAUUUAUUAUUAUUUGUUUCACAUGUUUCUCUAAUCUGACUGAAGCAGAACUAGCCAUCAUCUAAAUGACGCUGGAUGACGCGUCAUGCUGAAGUCAAGGUUCUUCGAUCUGCCAUGGGUUCAUAGGUCAGACGUCUGACUUCUAAACAUUAUUUCCAACUACUAAAAUUCUAAAUUCUGAGUUGUCUGGAAAGCAGCAUUAAAAAUAUCCACAAAAUGUGACUGCAAAUCCUCAAGAGCAUAGGCUAUUUGGGACAGGGCCUAAUUCUGCAGGACUUUAACCCUACUGGAAAUGAGUUUGACAUCCUGAUUUUUUAAAGUGUGCUGCAAUAUAGCACGUGCUCUCAAAAAAAAAAAAAAAGUAAUGAUGUACAUAGCACUUUCAUUGAUGAUGAGCCUUAUUAUUGAAGCCUUUAGUUUGGAUUAGCUGUGGUAUCUUAUGAAGGUGAUUGGAAGACUGUCUGUGUGACCUUUGUCUUUUUAUCUUAUAGAUUUUUGAAGUGAAGGAAGGUUUCCUGCUGCUAUAAUUUUCAUGAAACUUCUGGUCAAAAUGAUUGUUUAACUUGAUAUAUUAGGUUCUGUGCCUUACUAAAUGUAGAGCCAGCUUAAUGUGCACCUACAUGUCUUAUUGGAACAUUUGUUCUGCAGGAAUGUCUACCUUAAAGUAAUGUGGGAAGAAAUGGGGUUCAAAAUAUGGUGCUCUGAUGCAUCGCUAUUUAUCAAUCAUAAUAAGGUGCAAACAAUUUCGUAUUUAUAUUACUGUACAACUGUGGAGUACUGCAGAGAAAGAUGUUACUGAAAACUGCAAUGUAAUAAAAUCAUCAAUGUUUUCGUUUUAUUUAAAACAAUG